AUGGACGCGGUAAGUUCGUCUUUCACUUAUCCGGCCAAACAUGCGCUGAUCGAUCCUUUGAUCGAACCAGACCCAAGCGACGAGACUGGAUUGAACAGCCACUUCCGUUCGACAUUUGCGCCUGCAGCGCCCAUCACACCACCCGGAUCCGCUGGAGAAUCCAAAGGCCACCCAUCCGUUAGUGUUCAAAACACCGGCAGUUCAGUUGAGACCAAUCCUUUCCGCCGCCAUUCCAGGGCCUCGUCCGAGUCAAAGGGUGCUUCGGCAUCAGUGUCGCAGGUUGGGCAGAGUACACCACAGAGUAAGAGGUAUGACUACCCAUCCCCUCCCAACUCUGCCAGCCCUAGACGCGCCCAUUUCUCUGAGAACCACCGCGCGGAAAUUUUUGGACCCAUGAAUGAACGCCGACCCCGACGAUCCAGCGACCAUGCGCCAUCCGCCAUGCACAAGAGCCUUCCUACUCGCGCCCGUGCAGGUUCACUGAAAGAGCGUUAUCCUGGAGACAAGUCACACAGGCCACUUGACCAACUGCGUCAUGAUGAGAAAGUUGCUCACCGUGCUCCCCAUCUUAGGAAAAAGAACUUUCAAGGCGCCGACGUCAUCGACCGUCUUGACAAAGCAAGCUUUGGUCGGUACCACCACGAGGGCCCCUACGAUGCCGCCAGUAUCGCUCGCAACAGGGAUACCAAGUACAGCCCUCUCGCGGCGGUUAAGAACUCGAACGAGGAGGCCCUGAGGGCUACCCCACGAGAGAACAUUAUCGAUUCUGUACAAAGGCAUCGUCCUCUGGAGGGUGUUGCUAUAGUACCACCUGGCAUGGCUGAUCGUUUCGGAAGGGUUCUCGAUUAUGAAGAGGGAGCCGACCUGCAGCGAGAGCCUGGAGGUGACUACCGUCGUUGGCCUGGUGUCGAAUACCACCCAGACGAUCUCAAAGGCAAAGGCGAGCCUUCUUUCACCAUCGAAAAGGCCCUGAAGGACCACAAGCGUCUCGGCGACACUGGUACUGAGAUGACCUCCCGUAGCCAUCGCACACGCAGCGUAGGUCAUGCCGAAGCACCCGGUAUCGUCCCAUCCGUCGCUGCCGAUCCGGAAGCAUCCGGCGUCGGCCGCAGCAACACUACUGGCAGGAGUGUUGGUGGCGCAAUCAGGAAGCGCAUUGGCAGCAUUCGUCGUCGCAAGCAAGAGGUUGAGGUCUAG